AUGUCAUCCCAACAAAUCUCUGUUCCGCAUGGCCCCGACCGUCAGCGAAUUCUCAAUGUGCUCGCCCAGCGGAGAUACCGUCAGCGUAAGCGGGAGCGGUUGCAAUCUCUGGAAACGAGAUUUGACGCCAGACUGGGCGGUACGGACACAAUGUACGCUUCCAAUGGGGAGAUACAACUUCAGCAACCAAUGCAGCCUCCGCUUACGUCCAUUGACCCUAUCUAUGAUCUUUAUCCAGAUUUCAUGAUUGGAGCUUCUAACGCGUGCCUUGUGCCGUAUGAGUCGGCGUGUAACAUGUCAGAAACUUCGCCCUCGUAUGUGAGGAAUCAGUUCGGAAUUAACACCAUUCUGCCUCAUGGUAUGCCCUGGCAAUUCUAA